CUACAAGCCGUCUGCAGACACAAUCCGAGCCCUUGUCAGCAUCGAGUCACCAACCGCCAUCGUCGACAACGUCGAGGCCAUUGUUGGCACAUCACCGUGUAGAGGAUAUAAUGUCAUCCUUUCUGGGGGAAGAUCCCUGUCACUCAGCCUAUCACCAGCAGACACCACGAAACUUUUCCGGUUUGAGCAUUCUCUUGUGCACUCAGAAGCAUUAGUGGUUCGAUGGCUAGUUGCCAAAGCUCUGGAGAUGUCUUCAGUCACAACACCGCAGGCCAGCGACGGGACUACAACUCAUCAACCUUGCAGACAUAUCCCUCGGAGCGAGUGCACAUCCAGCAGUGCAGCAUCACCCACGGCUGAAGAACUAUGCAAAAUGCUUCCUACUCUAGUUACAUACUCGUCAUCGUCCGAAAAAUUACGCGCGGCUUUCAGCCUGGUCGAGCCCGCCGAGGGCCAGCCCAUAAGCUCAUUGCCAACGCCACUGAGCAAGCUUGACCGCGAUGCCGUCGAGUUCUCCAAGGGGUCUCUGUCAAGGCAGCUUUCGCGGUUCACGUCACCAAACGGAAAAUUUGGCAUGGCGGUCGACAUACUUGGCCGGACUCCCCAGUUACAUGCCUUACCACUGGACAAUUGGACACCAGGGGCAAGUCCCACCCAUGGCGGGAUGAAGACUUGGAAGCACGCAUUCCACGCUCUCCUUGAAAGCGCCCUACGCGACGGUGAAGACAUGGCUGUCAACAUCAGCUACUCAAGAAUCCGCAACCACUUUGGCCGUCUGGGCCAUGUCCUGGACGCGGUUACCACACCACGCUUUGUCGUAAUGCACCCGUACUCCGACGACAAUGCCCGGGUCUCCAUCAAAGCCAACACCGAGGAGGGAAUACAAGCAGACGAUGACUCUGAGUCGGCCAGGAGACUGGAUCAAGACUCGGAAGCAUCAAGUUCGCUCGAGACUGAAACCGUCCAGUCUAGCAGUUCACUGUCGAGCGCAACCUGCAAUCCGAGGCCGCGUGCUGUACUCUCGGGUCUUCAAGACUGGAGUAAUUGUGUCUUCGGGGAUCCUCUUUUGGCUGAAGACUUCACCCGUCACGCAACGGCGGAAUUUUUGCGUGGGUUUGGUGUAUCUCCAGACUCGGACCUGGGCUCCAAGAUAUUGAGAGGUUGCGAACGAAGUCGUGUUGAACCCCCAUCAAGCCCGCGGUCCACACCUGCGUCCCAACAGCAAUGGCAAGAAGUCGUGGAUGACCCAGAGCACGCAUACAUACGAGUACUGCUCUACGAAUGUUACCAUGCUGUUGUGGACGUGGUGCAGCACUUCUAUCGACCAAAGUCCCAAAGUGUAGACGGUGAAAUCGUCGCACGACGUCGUCUGACAAGCGUCCUGCGGCGUCUCGGGGAGGUGAGCGACACAAGCACUAUCGUGGACAAAGGUGUGGCCUCUCCGAUGUCGUCGUCUUCAUCCUCGUCUUCACCACCGACGAGGACGACACCUGCGCUUUCACCUGGGGAGGAGAGGGUAGCUGCAGACCAGCCCAGCCGCGUCGGCAGUGACGCGCAAGGUGCUGGCCAGAUUAGCUUCAAGACUAGUAUUGAAGGACACGAAGCCAACGAUUGUGAUGAGGAAGAGGAUCAAGCCGGCAACAGGCAGGAUCCCAAGAGGCCACGGCGACCGAGCGGAGACUCGGUUGCAUCGCGACCCCCAAAGAGGGCCAAGGGAGAAACGCCAGAGCGAUAACGAGAAGGCUGGGGCCCACAGGGAUCUAGCGAGCCGGGGCUAUCCUGGAUGCUGACGAAGUUGAAGCUGCCAUUCAAGCAUGCGGUCUGCCUUAUCCUGAUACCCCGCGAGCACAUGACACAAAGAGCAUAUCAUUU